ACAGAAAGCUAAAAAAAAAUGGCGCUCGAUCUGCGGUGAAGUUGGGUAGAUUUGGAGUUGUUUUUGUCGGAAUGUCGGAGUGUCAAAAGUGUCACAAGUAAUAAGAGCAUAACUGGGGUGUAAUGAGACUGCGGUGGAUUAUUGUAUAAAACUCUGAGAGGACUUCCAUGCAGAUAACUCGAGGUCAAUGCCCACUUCACUGUAAAUAUCAAAUUUCAUAACGUUGGGGGGUACGCGAAAUCACGAAUGCUCAGGUUAUGUUGAAAUAAUUUUUUUUUUUUCAAAUUGACAUCAAUUCGAGGCCGUAUGAUAAUCGGCAUAUGGUCGUGAUAAGUUUAGUAAAUCCAUGAUAAAUCCUCACAGCCAAUUAAGAUGAAGUCUGCUCUGUUCGUUGUGUCGAUAUUGUGAUAUUAUUAUCUGUCAAAUAAACAGAGUCAACACGAGCCAAUGUCUAUCGGGUAAAAUAUGACCCUAUUUUUAUUUUCUCUCUCUUGGUUUUAUUUGUUCCUCAUUUUUUUGGUUUUUUGUGGGGCUGUGAAGUUGAUUUAACCAGCGGAUGUAUGAGUCAUCAACAUGAGCAUUUUGAGAAAGAGAUUGAUCGAGUUUGAGGAAGUCCUGAAUGAGGAGGAGAUUGAUAUCUCCCACCUCAAACGAAUAUGCUUUCAUGGAAUUCCUGACGAAGGAGGUUUGAGGUCUCUCUGUUGGAAACUGCUGCUCAACUACCUUCCCUUGACGAAAUCAGAUUGGGAGGAAACUCUUCAGAGGAAGCGAGAUUUAUACAACACUUUUAUAGCUGAUUUAAUCGUGAUGCCUGGGGAGGAGAGUCUCGACGGUGAGAGAGUGGAUGUGACUCUACACGAUCACCCCCUGAACUCGAGCCCUGGCAGCAAAUGGCAGACGUUCUUCAAGGACAACGAAGUCUUACUGCAGAUUGAUAAAGACGUUAGGAGACUGUGCCCUGACAUAUCAUUCUUCCAACAGGGCACUGACUAUCCUUGCACGGCUAUUGUCGGGUCCAAUGGGCCAAAACGUUUGCACUGCAGAGUCCAGCAUACAGUGCUGAGAAGUGCUAAUGUUGAGAGGAAAGGUUUGGGCGUGACGAAGAUCGCAGUAUCAGUGAGAAAAGCCCCGGAGGAUUACGCCCCCUUGACCGAGGGUGGUGAGGCUCACUGGGAAGUCCUGGAGAGAAUUUUGUUUCUCUACGCAAAGUUGAAUCCUGGCCAGGGAUACGUCCAGGGUAUGAAUGAAAUCGUGGGACCCAUUUAUCAUGCGUUCGCGUGCGACCCAGAUUCCAAGUGGCGGGAGUGGGCUGAGGCUGACACUUUCUUCUGCUUUACCAAUCUCAUGGCAGAGAUCAGAGAUUUCUUCAUAAAGUCUCUGGACGAGGCUGAAUUUGGAAUCAAUGCCAUGAUGAUUAAACUCAGCCAACAGGUCAAGGCUAAUGAUCAUGAAGUCUGGAUGAGACUUCAACAACAAGACCUUUGUCCGCAAUAUUACAGUUUCAGAUGGCUCACACUGUUACUCUCUCAAGAAUUUCCACUGCCUGACGUUAUGAGAAUCUGGGAUUCCCUCUUUGCCGACGAGAAGAGAUUCAGCUUUUUAACACACAUUUGUUGUGCUAUGAUAUUAUUACUCAGAGAUCAGUUGUUGGACAAUGAUUUUGCUACUAAUGUCAAACUUUUACAGAACUUUCCGUCGAUGGAUAUUCAGAUUGUGCUGUCUAAAGCAGCUACCCUGGCAGGGAAAACAUUGGAUACUCCUUAAUUAUACUCUCAAGAUUUAUGAAAUAUAUUUUUGUUUUCACCUGGAUAUAA